AUGAGUAAACCCGCGGGUGUGGGCAGUCGUACCCGCAUCCAUACCCACACUGCCAGUGCGGAGUAUUACCCUCGACGGGAAUACCUGCGGGUCACUGUGUGGAGAAUAGGAAACAACACGCGCGUGAAUCCGCCCACAAUAGAUGGUGGAAGCUCGAGCACGAAAGAUGGGGGAACAACUAAGCAGAGCCAGAAAGUGACGGCCGUGGCACCGUCAGCGUCCACUAAGAAGCUCGGAAGACGAGAUCACACAUCAUCUGAGAGCAUGACAUGGCCAGAGCACUAUCAGCAUCGGGUCAAAGGACAAGGACACGCACUUCCUGAGAGCUCAGAGCAGGACACGACCGCAGCACAAUCAGCGGCAGGUAAGCAGGUCAAAAAAAACGAGAUCACGCACAAGCUGAGAGCGGGACACCGCUGCAGCAACAUCAACAUCAGCAAGUUAAAAGACAAGAUCACGCACAUCCUGAGAGUGGGACACCGCCGCGGCACCAUUAGCAUCAGCACCAUCAGCGUAAGUUUCGGAGGAGUGCUGGCACUUAACGUGCGCAUAUACUACCCACCCUUUGUGCGCAUAUACCCACCCUAUCAAGAUAUUCUGAGCCUAUUGAGCACGAAAUACGAUACUUACAUUCUUAUGUUGUGGGUAAUCCUUUGA